AUGGUGUCUUACUCCAGCUGCGAUACUACCUCCUACUUCAACCAGUCUGCUGACUUCCGUCCUCCCUCCGCGCCGACUACCAAUCCGCCUGAUUCGAUGAGCCUCCAGCCCCGCCCGAGCACUCGUGCCAGUGCUGGUGAGACCCAGAAUCUCAAGGACCUCUUCAAUAACCAUAUCGGCCUGGCCGUCGCCGAUUUGUUCCAACAUGCCACCGGCCAUCCACCGCUUGAUCUCUCCUGCCACCCCCAAAACCAUCCAUCCAUCAUCCAAGCCUCUUCCGACCAGCGCUCUCUCAUCUUGGCCCUCCAGAACCAACAGACGCGCUCAUCCCCCCUCACCAACCAGGAUGAACCCUCUCCUUCGAGCCCGAGUAAUAACCAUAAGAAUUUAACCGUGAACACUUCCUUGGGCUUCGAAACACCCCAUCACUCAACCCCCGUCCAUCCUCUCCAUCUCGGCCAAUCAACCCCCGUCGAGCCACGGCUUCCUCAGCUUCCCAACGGCCUCGGCGCGCCCAGCGACCGCCCCUCCUUGACCCCGCCUGCUGCGCUUUCCAGCAGUUUGUUCUCCUCCAACUGUCCCUCGAUCUCACCCCACUCCAAGCAUAACAAUUCUCCCCAACACGAACAAGGGCUCAGCUCCGUGCCCGGCUCAUCUUUGUCGAGGUCGCCACGGACAGACUCGUCGAGCUGUUCCCGUCACACCGAGCAUUCCGACCACAUCACUACGCCCAAUGGUGAGGCGGGUAUCAGCUCUUCCGCUGCAUACCAAUCGACUGCGGUCCUCAGCCGCCAAGGCGUUUCCGCCCCGCGUGGAGCACACGCGCGUACAAGCUUUGAGUCCGUAUUUGCUCCAAAGUCGAAUAAUGACUCCGGCAACACCUUCAACUUUUCAUCUGCGCAAAGCCACCCUUUCCAAGCGUUCAAUGACUUUAGCGCAAUCCAGCAUGCCCAGGGAGCACCAGGUAUCUUUCCUAAGUUGGAGUCCAACACCGCUAACUCCAGCCCGACCGACUUCGGCCAAAAAAUCUUCACUGAUCCCCGCCGUACCUCCACCAAUCCGGGCUCGCCCGAGCAGCUUACCGGUGCCGAACCUGCGCCACCAUCUUCGGCCGGUGUGGUACCACCGGCAUGGGCUCAGAGCGCUAAUUUGGGCUACCCAGUCUCCGGCGAUGCUUACAGCCAGAGCCAGCUCUUCUUUACAUCCCAGUCCAUCAUCCCGCCCGCCCAAUCGCUGCCCACCACCGACCGCGCAAACUCCACGGCUAACAACACCGACCAUACUAAGCCGGCCGAGCCUAGCCCGUUUGCGCUCAACCACCCCGACACUUCUCCUAGCACUGGCGGCUGGAGCGGCGAUGAAAUGAACGACAAUCAGCCUUCCUCGGCCGCCAUGGCAGGGAAUGUAUCGGUGGUAGAUAACCAACAUCUUUACAGCUUCUCCGCGUCCCAUCUACCACCCACCCAACAAGCUUUCACGCCCGUUGACCAUUCAUUCAAGUUCGGCGAGCAUACCGGCGUUUCCAACUCCAAUAGCCUCGGUUUGCUCCCCCCUUACACCCAACCACGCGCCUCUUACAUGGAGAAGAUCCCGGAAAACUUGGUCGUCCUCGGCGAGCCUGGGAGUGCCGGGCUCAGCAAACUCACCACACAUCCCUCGGAAGAAACUGGACACAACGCAGUCGAGAAACGAUAUCGCAAUAAUAUCAACAGUCAUAUCGCCGCCCUGGCCGACCUUGUGCCUGCCCUGCAGCACCUCCGAUCUUUGCCUUCUGCAGCAACAUCGAGACGUCACUCUAGCCAAUUUAUCGUCUCUACUAGUGCCAUCGGCAAGAUUCCCGUAGGCUUGGUCGAUGGUGUCAAGGCUGCGACCAAAUUGAGCAAAGGAAACAUCUUGAGCAAAAGUGUGGAUUACAUGCGACACUUGCUUAGGAGAAGGGAAGAGUUGAAAGAAGACAUCGAAGACUUGAAAGAUGUCGUGAGGAGUCGGGUGGCAAACGGCGAUAUCUUGAUUGUUGAAUGGGAGGCGCAGAUCCGUUUGAAAUCUCCCCAGCGUCAGCGCCAACGAAUGCUUGAACAAAGCCAAGGCGAGGAGGAUGGCGAUGAUGAUGAUGAGAUGCACGAUCCUAAUAAUAAGAAGACCAAUGGGGCUCAUCACAGUAAUCACGGCCCCAAUCCAAGCAAGAAGAGGAAAGUUGCAGAUCUCAAGAUCGGCGACUCAAACCGACUCAAGGGCGGCAAAAUCUACGGCAGAGGAAUUAGAAAACCGGGCCAUUCUUGCGACUUCCGCAAUCAACCUCUUGGUCCUUCUCAUCCGGAGUCGACGAUCAUGGCCUCCGAAGCACUCCCUCCCUCCUCUAAUCCCGGCUCAUUUGCCCCUGUCUCGGUCAACGGAAGGCAAGAACCAUUGGGCAGGAUGACUCACGACUUGGUAGAUGAACUUGAUGUCCUUCGCGAGCCACCCUCGAACUACCACCAUCAAUUCAUAGCUCAGCAGCAUAAUCCGCAUGACUAUAGCCACUUACAGUCCUCUGGCUUUUCAUCUGAUUUCAUGGGCCACCCUUUCGCCCCCGUCCCACCCCCCGAGCCACGCUCACAACACGCCGGCGGCCAUCAAACUCGGCCAUUACUUGCGGUCUUCAUGGGCCUUUCCUUUGCCGUAGGCUCCGGGUAUAAUUACCACCAAACCCGUUCAAGGUCCUCGGAUGACCAAGAAGCCUGGGGUUCACCCAGUCAAUCACGUUUCCCCAAGGGUUGCACACCUCCAAACAUGGCAUCCUCCAAUCCACAGGCUUUCAAAUGUCAUCGAAACCCCGCCAAUCCAGGGCGUGGUCAGCGGCUCUUGAGCGCUACCCAGGCCUCCCAGAUCCCGCACCUUUCAUUCUCACAGGCAGGCUUAAAUGCGUUGUCAAUCGCUUCGAUCAUCUGGACUUUGAUGUUCAUACUCAAGCCCGAAUUCGUCCUCAACUUCUUCAGUCCUGGCCGACUGAGACCCGUCAAACGCCGACCGAAACACAAGCGCCCCGUUCUCGUUCCAGGUGUCGUAAAUGGCUCAGUUGAUUCAGAUUCAGAGGAUGAAUGUGACCAGCCUAGCCCAGAUGGAAAACAUUCCUUCAUUCCGAUCGAUCCCACAUCCUUAUUUCGUGGAGAUGAUGAUGAGAAGGUCUUGAUGGGUUGCUCUCGGAAGCCAGGAAGGCUCCAAUAUCAUCGUCUGUGUAUCAUCGCCAGUAGCCCCAAUAAUUGGGGAAGCCUUCUCCUCGAGUUAGUCAAGGAAGCCGCGCGCACUGCCGGUAUCCUCGUCUGGGGAGACGUGAUCGAGAAGAUGGCUGACCUCGAUCGUAACGGUCGUCACGAGGGGAAACGCGCUCGGAUUAAGAAGAUCAAGACGGUCUUAGCCUGGAUGAGAAUUGCAGAUAUCGAAAGCCUUUGGUCUUUCGGCUGGUCUUCCUCUUUGAAACGACUCCACACGAUCCUCAAGCUACAUAACUUGAGUCGAACGCUUGAUUGGCGGGAUCGGAUGACGAGGGAAGAGCUCGAUUGCGGCAAGAUCUCGGGGGUAUUGGCGCUAUCAUUGAAGACUCUCUUUGGCGAAUCAAACAGACUGAGUCCGAUCUUUUGGAACAAGGCUGUUGAGGCGCACAAGAAAGACCGACUGGCGAUCAAGAGCGCCAGAUGCACCGAGUCGAUCCUACCAGCGAGCAACUACCGGCCGAACGCCCAGCGUGUCGCCGAGGAAAGCUGGCUCAACGAGGCCUUGAGUCUUGAGUACGAGGAGGCUUGCGAACUCUUGGCCGAAAAGGGCGAGGAUUACCGGCUGAUGUCCGCUGCUGUGGGCGAGUUUGGCGGCAGUCGAGGAUGGUCCCCCUUGAAGCAAAUCGUCGAGAGUCGGGCCGAGCUCGAGCUCAUCGAGAUCUGGUCCCGGAUCUUUGUCUCGAUGAUCACCAAGACCUGUCCGGUGGAGAAGACGCCUCGAGACGGGCGAAUCGGCCAGAGCCAGUUCGGCCUCGAUGGUGGCCUAGCGGAGCUCCCGACGCGUCUCGAAGAAGCCGGCGCUCCCUACGCGCUCCAAGUGAGCCAAGGCAGGAGACAGGUCGAGCAGUCAAUCGAACGGAUAUGUCGUCUUCGGCUCGGCUGUGGCUCUGCGGUAGGUAGAAUGGCCCGAGUGACCCGAGGGAUGUGGGCGAUGGCGUUCGGGAAGAGAGAAGUGGCGGUAGAGGUGGGUCACGAGCUCAAGAGAGAUCCAGGAGAAGAGGACGAGGAGAUCGGCUGCGUGGGUCCCUACCUCGAGCUCGUGCUCGGCAGCCGACUCCCGAACAACCGAAGAAAAGUGGAGCGUGCCAAUAAUUCCACGCUGGACAAACUGGCCAAGAUGACGAUCGAUUGGCUCUUGAUCAGAAGGGAACACGUGAUCCUCCACCUGAUCAAAGGUCCCUCCCAACGGAGUCCACAAGAGACGAACGAGAGGAGGACGAUCCUCAAUAUCAAAUGUCUCGAGCUCCGCCGGAUCUUGGACUUGGCCGUACUCGAAUCCCAGCGUAAUCGAGAGUUGAACGCUCGCUCCACUAAACAAUCCGACGAGGCUAUCCAAGCCGGUGAGGCACGGGAAUUCGAUCUUCGUACUGCAAUCCAGGAAUGUCAACGUUCGGUCUUCGUUAUUGAGAAUCAAAACUUUUAA